GGGGGCGGGCCCCGCGCCCGAACGCGAGGCGGGAGGAGAUGGCGGUGCGGCAGCAGCUGCGACAGCUGUUCCAGGACCCGCAGACCAUCGGGGCCAUUGUGCUGGAGCGGGCGACCGCCCCUGCCUCUACCGCCAGCGUCUCGCUGUCGGUGCCCCGGCCGCCGCCCCUGCCGCCGCCGCCGCCGCCGUCGUCGUCGUCGUCGUCGUCGUCUUCCCCGCCGCCGGCCGCGAUGCCGGCGUCGCCGCCGCGGCGGCAGGGUGCGCUGCCGGAGGAGUGCGGCGUGUUCCACUGCCGCGGCUGCUGGACAGUGCUGGGAGACUCGCUGCAGCUGUGCGGGCAGGAGCCGCCGGGGCUUAGCAUCCUCAUCUGCUUCAGAGUCACCAAUGAUGUGAUCUGGGAAGACUCGCUGUCGGUCGGCCUCGAGGGAACCCUCCUGGGAUGUACUUAUUAUUUAUUAUUCUGUCGGUCUUGUGGCUCGGCUGUGGGCUUCAUUCUUUAUUCUACUGGCAGUGAACUGGCGUAUCUCCGGGAUUUGUUCUGUUUCUUCAAGGACAGGAUCAUGUGUUAUCUCUUAAAAAAUCAAAUGAUUAUAGAAGCUUCUAAGGUCAAUUUUCCAGCUGUGACCUUAAAGGAAAAUAUGCAGAAAGUGAAAGGAAAGCUUGUGGCCUUGAAUGCUCGCAUAGAAUUAGUAGCAGAGCAGCUGGAUAAAAUAACAAAAUAAUUAUGUAAAAAGAAUGGCAGAACUCUUCAACAGAUCCACAUGACCUACUAUUAGGAUAUGCAAGAGUUAAUGCUAACAGAUACCCAUUUUCAAGAACUGUUGGAGUUGUUUCUGCAUCUCUGCUGAGUUUGGUCAUUACAAAGAAAUAUUGCACCAGAGUAAUUAAUCUGUUACUUUAUCUGUGUGUGGAACGAACUGACGAUGAAGUGCAUCCCUUCAGGAACACCUGAGAAUCUGACAUACCAAAAUUAUGCUUGGAAGACUGAAUAGUUCACCCAUGCAGCAUGUUACUCUCUGAAGCUGUGUAAAUGUGACUUUGGUUUUAUAGUGACUUCAGGGUGAAAACUAGCCUUUGAAAUACUGAAGUCAGGUUUCUGGAGCUAUGCAAAACAUACUUGGCAAGGUGGUGAUAUUCAAGAGCAAGCAUUACAAACUGAACAUUCUUAGAGACCUAGAGCUCUUGUCCCACCAUUUAAUAGACACAUUGUUAAUGGCAGCCUUGGUUUUAAUGGCAGCUAGUUUUUGGUCAAGUGCUCAUUAGCUACAACUGAUAUGUGAGCCGCUGCUAAAUGGACUCCUGAAUAGUUUCGAGAUUUGCUAGUGUGUGUUGCCUGCAAAAGCAGCAGACGAGCACAUCACAGAUGCUGCAGUGUUCCUAGAGCAUGAGUCUGGAUGGCAUCAUGGAGGAAGAACACAAGGUUUUGAAUUUCAGGUAAAGGGCAACCCACGUGCCAGCCAAGUCAGCCCCAGUAACAGGACUGAGUCAAAUUCUGCCAGCUAAGGCUGUGAGCAACUGCCUUGAACAGAUUUGAGCAUUUCUUUCUGGAACGUUAACUAUGAAACCAAGGGACAUUCUUCUGCACAACUGUGGAAGCACUGCUUUCCUGAAGUUAUGACUGGCCUGUUGCCUUCAAUUGGCCAGUUAGGAUGUUUCAUAGAAAAUACCUAUUCAUGGCUCAUUGGCAUCCAUCUCUGUUGAAAAUUGGUUCUGCUUAUUUCCAAACACUUAGGAAAUAUUUUUACAGAAAAGAAAGCACUUACCCUUUGUUACUGGGACAAAAUAUCCCUUAUUCUUUUUUUGGAAGAUUAAGGUGCCUUUUCCUCUCCCUUUUGCUGUCUAAAGGGAUAAUGAACUUUAUGGAAAGUUUAAUAGUUGCCUGUAGUAGUCUAGAGAGGAUUCUAUUUACUUGAUCAGCUUAAUUCCAGUGAUGCAAAUUGCCUUCUGCUUCCAUAUAUAUGACCAGCAGGUUGCAGACCUCAUUGCUGCUGCUGCCAGUUCUGUAUUUUGUCUUAUUUGUAAAAUAACUCAUUAUGGCCUUGGAGCAGAGGGGACAAAACUCACUGUAAGGCACCUCGGAGGUUUUAGGUGGGCAACUCAUACUUAGGCUCCUACUAAUGCUCACUGUACUGCUUUCUUUUUGGGAGUUCUGUAUGGUCUCAGUUCCUUGUCAUGACCAAAACGACAGUCGUUCUGCAAGGAGAGGAGGGACUCUCACAAAUUCUAAUACCACCUUUGUAGUACUUCCUUAGUGCUUCUGUUGUUGUUGCACGAGUUUAAGAAAUGUGAUUGAGAUUGGCACUACUUGUUUUGCCCUUUCAUUCCAGUUUCUGCAUUGAGACUGUUUCUUGCUAUUUUAUGUUUAUACUAUGAAUAAAGCUAAACUGUUUUGCUUCAUUAGUGUUGAUCCCUAAAAGAAAGCUGUCAGUUACUUUUUUGUACUAUAUUUAAAGUUGUGAAGAAGGAACUUCAUAAAUAAAAGCUGAAACUCAGAUAUUCAUAUAGUCCAAACCACCGCCAAUAUUAUGUGAGUCAUUGGCUUACUUCUUUGAUUAUUUUGCAGGAAAAAACCCAUCACUUUAUCUUGCUGGGGUCCUCAUUUGUCAUGAAGUAUGAAAGUAUUGGUUCCACAAAUUAUAUUAUGUAGCAUGGAUUUAAAUAAAUAAUGAAGAAGAAUAGCUGGUAAAUUUUUAAACUGCAUUUCUGUAAUCUUUGAAACUGGGAAGACCUCCACCAACCACAGAAGAAAUGUUUUGGAAGUGUAGUCAGCAAAACAAACAAUACAUCUAUAAAACAGUCUUCUGAGGGGCCUUGUUACUUUUAGAUAAUCAAUACAAGAAGCAGAGGGUUUCUGCUAUCCUCUAAAACAACUCUUGAAGGGAUUGAAGUCAUGCAUCUUAGAAUGAGUGGAAUAACAAUUUUUGUUCAGCUGCUGUUUAAGUCAGAAGCUCUUGUGCCUGAAGUCUGGGACAGCUGGCCCCAAAGCAGAUAUCCAGCAUAUAGGAAUUCAGCUCGGGUUGUUAAGUUUCAACAAAGCUAAAGCAAGUACACCUCAGAAGUGGAGUGGAAUGUACAGUAAUUUGAUUUGUCUUCUGAACAGAUGACACAUCCAGUUUUAGUGCAUUCUCAGCCUGUGCUGCUUUAUUGCUAAAAAAGUUUGUAUACAGGUGCAGAGUUUCCAGGUUCAUUUUUAAACAGUUCCUCUUUACAGUGUCAAAAGAAUAAAAUCUUAUCUUGGAAUCCUCAAAGAUGCAUAGAUAUAAAAGCAAGCUGCCUUUUGGAAAAAAUCAGAAUUUGCAGGGAGACAUUCUUUCACUGUUACCAUGUACAACAUGUACAAUGGGAGUACAUAGUUUGUAGUCACACCAAUAAUUCCCUCCACUAAUCCAUGCAAGAAUGCUAUCAGAAGUUCAGUAUAAGUAUUCUUUAACCUACUAAGUACUAAGGUAAUUUUUAGGAAUUUAUACCUAAUACUUCUCCUUUGCUGUUAAAUUUCUUAAAAGGAAAACAACUUCACUGACAUCCUGCAGUAGCUUAUUCCCAGGUCAUACUGAAGGGAAAUACGAAGGAUACAAUGGCUUACUCAUUACAAUAUUUAACAGACUUUAAAACCAUGCAUAGUGUUCCAAAGAAUUAAAAAUUACCAUGGUUAACCACUGGGCUAAUUUGUCUUAGAAAUUUUCUUGUUUCUUGAAGAAGUUGGCUCAAAGA